AUGUUGGCCACACUGUGCCUGGUUGGCCUUUCUUUCCCCACUCUGUGGGCCCAGAUGUUAAUUAGCUGUUCCUAUAAGAAUCUCUGCCAAAAAGCCCUCCUCUCGGGAAAUGACGUUGUCCUGCGGUGCGACCAUGGCCACACACAGUGGCAUUUCACUUCCAUUCUGGGGGAUGAGCUCUUCUUGUUCAACUCAGUGCCUAACAUAGAGACUCUGCCUGGAGGGAGCCUGAAGUUGGUCAACCCUCAGCCCUCCCAGACGGGCCUCUAUCGCUGCCAGAAAAAUGACAAUACUCGUAUUGUGGAAUAUGAAAUUGACUUCCAGGAUGUCAAGAACCUGCAUAUCACACACACAGGCCUGGACCAAAAGCCCCUGCCGAACGAGACCCUGAACCUGGGUGGUAUGGUGCUGGUCUUCACCCAGUGGGACCCCUGGCAAGACUGUAACCGCUGUGGGGUGCCUGGUGAGCGCAAACGUCUGGGCUACUGCUAUGUGGAGGAGCCCCCCGAAGAGCCCCUGGCCUGUGGGCUCUAUCUGAGGGAGGAGGAGAUGCUGCACAGCCGCCUGCGGCCAGAGCUGCAGCUGGAAGCCUGCCUGGUACCCUGUGAACACGACAAGGAAAUCCACCAGCCAUUCUUCAUCUUUGACACCUACCAGCUGGGCAAGUCGACCAGCAACAUGUGGAUCACCUGCCCUUUGGCCUCCAUCUACAGGUGA